GUGACUGGGCCAUUAGCCUCAGCAUAAAACCCCAAAACUAAACAGUACAACAUGAUGAGUACUGAACCUGGUGGUCAGCCACACCUCCUACUGUGCCCUCUCACCUCUGACCUUUCACAUGUUUUGUUAGAUGUAGGAUUUGCGAGCGUAACUCAUGGAAUGUUUUAUUUUAAAAAGUUAGCAACCAUUUAAUAGGUGUUAACUGUUCUUUCACUAUUGAUAUAUAGGUGUUUAGACGGACAUUUAGAGUGUUCACUGACUUAUGUCCCUUAUUCUCCCAGGUACUUGGGUAACGUUUGGAGGUCAGAUUUCAGAUGAGGUGGCUGAGCAGCUGAUGACCAUAGCAUAUGAGAAUGGGGUCAAUCUCUUCGACACAGCCGAAGUUUAUGCCGGGGGGAAAGCUGAGAUAAUCCUGGGGAACAUCAUCAAGAAAAAGUGCUGGAGGAGAUCCAGUCUGGUGAUCACCACCAAGCUCUACUGGGGUGGAAAAGCCGAAACCGAGAGAGGACUCAACAGGAAGCACAUCAUUGAAGGACUGAGGAGCUCCCUACAGAGGAUGCAGCUGGAGUACGUGGAUGUUGUGUUUGCAAACCGGCCCGACAGCAACACUCCCAUGGAGGAGAUUGUGAGGGCGAUGACCCAUUUGAUCAACAAUGGCAUGUCCAUGUACUGGGGGACAUCACGAUGGUCUGCCAUGGAGAUUAUGGAAGCGUACUCGGUUGCACGGCAGUUUAACCUGAUCCCUCCGGUGUGUGAGCAGGCUGAGUACCACUUCUUCCAGAGGGACAAGGUGGAGACACAGCUACCUGAGCUCUACCAUAAGAUAGGUGUGGGUGUGGUCUCCUGGUCACCUCUAGCCUGUGGAAUCAUCACUGGAAAGUAUGAGAAUGGCAUCCCAGAAUGCUCCAGGGCCUCCAUGAAGCCAUACGCCUGGUUAAAGGAUAAGAUAGUGAGCGAAGAAGGGAGGAAACAACAGGCCAAGCUGAAGGAGCUCACUACCAUCUCUGAAAAGCUGGGCUGCACUCUGCCACAAUUAGCUAUCGCCUGGUGUCUGAGAAAUGAAGGAGUGAGCUCAGUGCUGCUGGGAACAUCCAACCCCAUCCAGCUUGCAGAGAAUCUGAGGGCCAUGGAGGUCAUUCCAAAGAUGACAGCAGGCAUUGCCACAGAGAUUGACCACGUCUUGGGAAACCAACCCCACAGGAAGAAGGACUUCCAACAAGCACAUUAGGAUGGAGCCGUUCUUCAGAACUGUGACUAUUCUGGACCAGCUCUCAUCAGUGGCACCUCCAGUCAGUGGCACCUCCAGUCAUUGUGUGCCCAACCCUGUUUGUGUGUGUGUGUGUGUGUGUGUGUGUGUGUGUGUGUGUGUGUGUGUGUGUGUGUGUGUGUGUGUGUGUGUGUGUGUGUGUGUGUGUGUGUGUGUGUGUGUGUGUGUGUGUGUGUGUGUGUGUGUGUGUGUGUGUGUGUGUGUGUGUGUGUGUGUGUGUGUGUGUGUGUGUGUGUGUGUGUGUGUUCUACGCAGUUCCUCGUCCUGCCACACCCGAAUAAAGAUCAACCAGUAGUCAGUGUCGUUAACUGAGAGCUCUGCUUGACAAAGCAUGCAUGCCACACAGCUCAUCCACUCCACUUCAGUGCAGCUCAAACCUGCCGAACUAACUAGCCGUUAUCAAGAUAGCAAUUAAGUCAGACUAAGAUCACCUGAAUCAGUUGAGGCUGCUGAGGCAAGGACGGCUCAUAAUAAUGGCUGAAAUAGACUGUAAUGGAUAGAAUAGAAUUGUAUCAAACACAUGAAAACCAUGUUUUUGAUACCAUUCCAUUUACUCCAUUCCAGCCGUUAUUAUGAGCUGUUCUCCCCUCACCAACCUCCACUGAAUCUGAUGUGCAAAUCCCUUAUGGCACAGCCAGCUGUCCCGCAUUCUGUGUAGAAGCCUUUGUAGGCUAAACGGGACAUUCAUGAGAACAAACUCUUAGACAGAGGACUGUGUUCCUGUCCUCAAAGUGAUGGACAUGGACUAAUGAUCUGUCCAUGACGGUCAGUGCUGGCUGAGCCCCUCCUAUCCUACAACCUAAGUUCUUACCUAACCCUGAAUUGUUGUCGUGAUAAUUAACUGUUUCGAUACAUGCUGACAUCUUGUGGUUUUUGAACUUUUUUCCCCCCAUUGUGAUGUUAAAAUACCAACAGGGUUGUGUUGGAUUGAAUAUUUCAAAACGACAUGUGUAAUGACUGUUAACUGAUUAUAUAUAUUUUUGUCAAUGAAUGCAGAAGAACACAGUAUUAUGAUAGUACUUUCAUAGUAUCUCCCCAUUUCUCUCUAACAAUGCAUACUCUUCUGCAAACAGAUAUUGCAGGCAUGUACAUAGGUCUACCGUUGGUGUAAGCAGUACCACUGGAUGCUAUCUAGUGCCCUCAUUGCACAUACCGAUAUAUUUUCGUUUUAUCCAAGUUAAACUGAUGUAUAUGAUGUAUAUUCUACCCUUUGUCAUUGCACCUGGGCUAAAACUGAAUACAAUGUCUGUUCAAAUGUAAAAUGGUAUAAUGAGAUUAUGUCAGAGGUUGAGAGUUCAGUAAAGACUCCUUAAUUGAUGUAGUUGUUGUUGUUAAUUUGUACAUACUGUGUAUAAAUAAAUAUCCAGUGUGAACGAUUGUA